GUCUUCCCUUUCAAUGAUAGUAGCGGCCAAGCGAAUGUUUACUACUGAUCCACCGAGAAAUAUGUCGCUAUAUUACUAAAAAUUUAUUUUAUUUAUCGACGGCUAAGAUAAGCCCAUACUCAAUAACGUCUAUAAUCCACAUACGAUCUAUGGCCAUACCAAGCACGUGAUUUCACUGCAGUCACAGUCAUCCAGCGAAUUUUCUUAUUGUAUGACAGGUUGAUUUCGGUGUCUUCGUCUAGUGACAAUAGUGAUCUAGAGAGCAGUCGACAGUGGAUUUAAAACACGACAAAUAAGGAAGGAGGAAGCCAACAGUCAAACUGAAAGAGAGACCCAUCAUCUCAACUCAAAAUAUGGAAUACCGGUACAUAAAAACCCCAAAGGUAGAAGGUGUAAAGCUUUUAGAUAAAUUCAAUGUGAAAAAACCCACUACAGGUAUUCUUUACUUGACCACCACACAUCUUAUAUUUGUGGAAAAGGCAGGAAAGAGAGAAACUUGGUUGCUGUAUAUGCAUAUGGCUACUGUUGAAAAAAUGGCUAUAACAACUGCUGGCUCACCUCUUCAAAUCCACUGCAAAAACUUUAUGUGUUUAACAUUUCUGAUCCCAAGAGAACGAGAUUGCCAUGAUGUUUACAUAACUUUAUCCGAGUUGUCAAAACCAGAGAACAUAGAAGAUCUCUAUGCAUUCCAUUUCACAGCACCUGGAACUAUUCUCAAAUCAUAUGGUUGGAGUAAUUUUGAUUUACUAUCAGAAUAUUUACGUAUGGGAGCUCCAAAUGAGCACUGGGUGUUAUCUAAUCUUAACACAAAAUAUGAGCUUUGUGACACUUACUCAAAAAAUGUGUAUGUACCUGCAGUUGCUUCAACUCCAGUUCUUUUAGGCAGUUCAAAAUUUAGGAGUCGUGGACGAUUUCCAGUCUUGUCUUACUUGCACAGAGAAAAUCAGGCAUCCAUAACCAGGUGUAGCCAGCCUUUAGCUGGCUUUAGUGCUAGGUGUGUUGAAGAUGAACAAAUGUUGCAAGCUGUAUUAAGAUCCAACCCCAAAUCACAGUUCAUGUAUGUCGUAGAUACGCGACCAAAGAUUAAUGCUAUGGCUAAUAAAGCAGCAGGAAAAGGCUAUGAAAAUGAAAGCUUUUAUUCCAAUAUGAAAUUCCAAUUUCUAGGUAUAGAAAAUAUUCAUGUUAUGAGAUCAAGCUUACAGAAACUUUUAGAAGUAUGUGAAUUGAAAAAUCCAUCUAUGAAUGCCUUUCUUAGUGGUUUGGAGAAUACUGGUUGGUUAAAACAUAUACGAUCUGUAUUAGAAACAUCAGUAUUUAUAGCCCAGGCUGUUCAUAAUGGAGUGAAUGUUUUAGUACAUUGUUCUGAUGGGUGGGACAGAACAGCUCAGACUUGUUCAUUAGCUGGUCUUAUGCUGGAUCCUUAUUAUAGAACUAUUCAAGGGUUUCAGGCAUUGAUCGAGAAAGAAUGGCUUUCUUUUGGUCACAAAUUUACAGAUCGAUGUGGAUAUCUGAAUACUGUUGACAGCAAAGAGAUAUCUCCAGUUUUUACACAGUUUUUAGAGAGUGUAUGGCAACUGUCUCAACAAUACCCUUGUGCAUUCCAAUUUAAUGAAAGAUUUCUUAUAGCUAUCCAUGAUCAUGUGUAUUCAUGUCAGUUUGGAACAUUUAUUGGCAACUGUGAAAAAGACAGAAUAGAUUUACGGUUGUCAGAAAGAACAUUUUCUCUGUGGGGAUACUUAGCUCAAAACAUCAAUGAAUUCACAAAUCCUUUAUUUAAAAAAGAAUAUGAAAUAACUCAUUCUGUAUUGAUACCUCAAACAAAUCCACAGUUUUUCAAGUUUUGGAGAGGACUUUAUAACCGUUUUGAAAAUGGUAUUCAUCCAAGAGAAAAUGAUAUAGACCUAUUGUCAGUCUACAGACAGCACAGUUAUUCAAUAGAAGAUCACAUUGCUUUAUUAGAAAAGAGGGUAAUGCAAAUUUGUAAAUUGUUGGGAAAACCUGAUGAAAUAAUUCAGCUUAAACUGCAAGGCUUCCUGUCAGUUGAUUCUCUGGAUGGAAUAUUAGCCGACCAUAUUGAGAGUAAUGAAAAUGAAUUUCAUCACAAUGCAGGAAUUCUUGAUGAGGCUGCUGGUUUUGAUUCAAUAAGUAAUGGUCACAUAACAGAUACCAUAAAACAUUCCCACAUUGGAUGUGAUAUUGGACCAAGAAUUAAGCCCAGGAUGGAUGAAUUAGAGAAUUUAGAUAAUAUGAUUCUUGAUUCUGACUUACUCACCUUAGAUCAACUUGUGUCAGAGUUAAGAACAGUGGCCCUGGACUGGAGAUCAUUCCGUCGAGUAUACAAUUGCAACUGUUUGACACCAUUUGAUCACCAUGUUAAAAAGUUUCACUGUUGGAAAUGUGGUGAUGUGUUUUGUAAUCGGUGUACCUCACAGACUAUUUCAUUACAAGGUCAUCUUUCCAGUCAACAAGUACCUGUAUGUACAUCAUGUUUCCAGUAUGUUCAACAAUCACGUAGCAGAUAAUCAUCGACUACCUGUUUCUUACACGAUUUUAGAUUUGAAAGAAAACAGAUUAAAUAUGAAUUUUGUAAGAUUUAGAUAAAAAAAACUGACAUUUCUCAAUAUAUUAGUUUAAAAAUAGUUAAUAAAAAAGGAAUAUAAUGAAAAUUUCAGUCAAAUUACUUUAUUCUGUCUCGGUUAUCCAUAUUAAGAUUAAAUUAUUAAAAUGGCAAUCGUGUUUCAAUCUGUUAAAAAUCACGACCAUCCGAUGAUCUAGAGUAUUUAUUAUAUGCUUGUCAUGUGAAUAAAUGUCUGAUUAAUGAUUAAUAAUUUAUGUAACAUUUGAGGCCAAAAGAAAGACCUGCAAAAUUGGCAGAUUUAGCUCUUACAUAAUGCAUGUUUAAUGAAGUUGUUUUUACUUGACUUCUUUUGGGAGACAUGUAUUUUGGAUGACUCAGAAGUACACCAUAUAAUGUGCAAUAAUUUAAAUAGUAUUCUAUGUAUAUCAUUAACAUUUCACAUGUUGUAAAAUAUAGGUUUUUGACAACCUCACUCCAGAUUUCAGGUCCAUAGCUCAAGUAUUAUUAACACAGUAUGAGUUUUAAAAAAGAAUGUCAAAUCAAGGUUUGGAGUGAGAAGUUAGACAUUUUAUAUAAAUAAAUGGUCAAUAUAUC